GGAGGGGCGUGCUGGAGCGUUGGUGACGCGUUUGACCUGCGCCCUGCCUGAGGACCGACGGAGCGGAGAGGCGGUGGGAUUGAAAUGCCGGAGGCGGAAGGAGCUUGCUGAAAUGACACCACCAUUUGGCCACAUCCGAGGCUCGGAGAUGACUGCCCAUCACUUUCCUCAGCACAGUUACCUCUUGGAUAGCUUAAAGGCUGACUGUCUGAACAAGCCUUUCGCCCAGAGGUGCCAUGAUCUUGUGACUGUCAUUGAAGAUUUUCCUGCCAAGGAACUUCAUGCCAUCUUUCCCUGGCUGGUGGAAAGCAUCUUUGGCAGCUUAGAUGGCAUCAUUUUAGGUUGGAACCUCCGUUGUUUACAAGGAAGGGCAAACCCUACUGAGUACAACAUUGCCUUGGACUUUCUUGAUGCUGGAGGCCCAAUGAUGAAGUUGGUUUACAAGCUCCAAGCUGAAGAGUACAGAUACGAUUUCUCUGUCUCCUACCUUCCUGGCCCAGUGAAAGCCUCAAUACAAGAGCGGAUUUUACCAGAAUGUUCUUUGUACCACAACAAAGUCCAGUUUCCUCCAUCUGGAGGCCUGAGCUUAAACUUGGCCCUUAAUCCCUUUGAAUAUUACAUGUUCUACUUUGCAUUAAGCCUGAUUACACCGAAGAACAUCUCCACAGCCUAUCAUAUCAGCAUGUCCAACAGUGCUUACUUUGUCCUAGUGGAUCGGUACUUGAAGUGGUUCCUGCCCACAGAAGGGAUUGUCCUUCCACCCCCCUCUUCUUCCGAUGCAGGAGGGGCUGUCCCAUCACCUGCUCCCCGAUCUCCUGCAAUGUCGUUCAGCUCCUAUGGGAUGCACCCAACAAGCCUUCUGAAAAGACAUGUUGCUCACCAGACUUCGGUGAAUGCUGACCCUGCUUCCCAGGAGAUCUGGAGAUCGGAAACCAUGCUUCAGGUUUUUGUUGAAAUGUGGCUUCAUCAUUACUCCCUGGACAUGUACCAGAAAAUGCAAUCCCCUCACAUCAAGUUGGAGGUUCUCCAAUACCGGCUCAGUAUCUCCAGUGCCCACCGCAGUAAUCCUGCCCAAUCCAGCUUCCAGGCCCUCCACACAUACCAAGAGUCAUUUAAGCCGACGGAGGAGCACGUCUUGGUCAUCCGGCUACUCGUGAAGCACCUUCAUGCUUUCAGCAACAGCCUGAAGCCGGAUCCAGUUUCUCCUUCUGGGCAUUCCCACACUGCCAGCCCGCUGGAGGAAUUCAAGAGGAUUGUGAUUCCCCGGUUUGUUCAGCAAAAACUCUACAUAUUUCUGCAGCACUGCUUUGGUCACUGGCCCUUGGAUGCUUCAUUCAGAGCUGUACUGGAGAUGUGGCUGAGCUACUUGCAGCCUUGGAGAUAUGCACCUGAAAAGCCCCUUUCGAGUGCCGAGUCAUCCCUGCCUCGCAGCGUGCCAGAGAAAUGGGCCUCUUUUGUUCAGGAGAACUUGUUGAUGUACACCAAGCUCUUUGUCAGCUUCCUGAACCGAGCUCUCCGCACCGAUUUGGUCAGCCCCAAGAAUGCCCUGAUGGUCUUCAGGGUGGCCAAAGUUUUCGCUCAGCCCAACCUUGCUGAAAUGAUCCAGAAAGGAGAGCAGCUCUUUCUGGAAACAGACCUUGCCCUUCCUCACCGCCAGCACCGCCUCUUCAUUAGCCCUUCGUCUCUCGGAGGGAGCUUCCUGUCAUCCCGAGCUCCGACCAUCACAGAUGCUUCAUUUAAGGUGAAGAGCCAUGUCUACGGGCUUGAAGGACAGGACUUCCAGUACAAGCAGAUGUUUGGGCCAGAAGUCAGGAGCCUGGUGCUACGAUUGUCCCAGCUCAUCGGCCAGGCCCAGCAGACUGCCAAAUCCAUAUCAGACCACUCUGUGGAGGCCACAACUAGCCAAUCCUUUCUUUCCUGGUUACGCUUUGGUUCAGCUGACUUGAAUGGCUCCUACACAGGCAAUGACUUGGACGAAAUGGGGCAAGACAGUAUUAAAAAGACAGAUGAAUACUUGGAGAAGGCCCUGGAAUACUUUUGUCUGAUAUUUCGGUUGAACGAAGCCCAGUUGAGCCAGCUGAUGUUGAACUGGGGGGCAGCUCAGGAUAAGAAUGGGAAGAAGCAGCUUCCAGACUGCAUUGAGAGUGAAGACGGGCUGAUUCUCACACCUCUUGGCAGGUACCAGAUCAUCAAUGGCCUACGCAGGUUUGAGGUGGAGUACCAGGGAGAUCCUGAGCUUCAGCCCAUCCGAAGUUACGAAAGCACCACUCUUGUGAGGCUGCUGUUUCGGCUGUCCUCAGCCAUUAAUGAACGAUUUGCAGACCAAAUGGAGAGACUCUGUGCCAAAGAGAACUUCCUUGGCAGCUUCUGCCGCUACCAUCUCACCAACCCCUCCCUUGUGGAAAAGGCCAGGCACAGCCCACUGAGCCAGCAGAGGCUGGGGCAGAUUCAACAGCCGAGAGUCAGUCUUCGGUUUCUGGCAAGCUACAGGACUCUCCUUUCUUUACUGAUGGUAUACUUCAUUGCCUCGUGGUUCUGCAUCAGUCCAGUGACCUGUACCUUCCUCCUCCUCCUGGGAUAUCUUUUGUAUGCCACAGUUAUGACUCUCCUGACUGAAAAGAGAAAGCCUCAUCAACACUAACAUUUUACUUUCCUUCAUUUAUUCAGACUGCUAUAGAAAUCCCCUCCCCUAAGGUCAGGGGCUCAGAAAGUAGGUUUUGGCUAAUUAAGCCACAGGACUUUGAUUUGAGCAUCUUUUCUUGGGUUUGAAAACUUUAAAUAUUUUUAAUGAAGUGGAACAGAUUUGUGAACAGAAGGCUCUACUUUUCUAAAAGCUAUGUCAAUCUGUAAAUUGUGUUUUGAUAAACUUUUUAAAAAA